UCUCUCAGCGGCGCUCAGGGCGGGGAGCGGGGCGGGCAGGCGGCGGCGACGACGACCCGGUCUCGGCCCCCCAUGUCCGAGCUGCUCCCCCGCGAGGGGGAGGCGAGGAGGAGCCGCAGUGGCGGCGGCGGCGGCACUGGCCGGGCCCGGGUUGCUUUGCUGUUGAAAACCUAAUCUAGUUCCCCCAGUCCUCUAGACUCCAUGCUUUGAGACAAGGAGGAGCUUGGAAUUCUGAAAUGAAGAUGGAGGCAGUGGGAAAAGUAGAAGAACGCAUUGACUCAGAAGUCUCACCAAAACUCUCUGAAAAACAAGAGGCAGCUCCUGGUGAAGAUGGACCUAUAGAACUAGACACGUGUGCUCAGAAAGAUGGUGUGCCCAUUGUAGCAGAUUCUAUGGUGCUCUCCUCAAUGCCGUGCUUACUAAUGGAACUGAGACGGGACUCCUCGGAGUCUCAGUUAGCAUCAACAGAGAGUGAUAAGCCAACAGCAGGCCAAAUUUAUGAGAGUGACUCUUCUAAUCACUGCAUGCUUUCCCCUUCUUCCAGUGGGCAUUUGGCUGAUUCAGAUACGCUGUCUUCCGCAGAAGAGAAUGAGCCCUGUCAGGCUGAAGCUCCUGUAGAGGGAGACCCUUCUGGAGUUUCUGGGGCUGCAGCUGGGAGAAAAUCCAGACGGUCCAGGUCUGAAAGUGAAACAUCAACUAUGGCUGCCAAGAAAAAUCGACAGUCUAGUGAUAAGCAGAAUGGACGAGUCACCAAGGUAAAAGGUCAUCGGAGCCAAAAGCACAAAGAAAGAAUCCGGUUAUUAAGACAAAAACGGGAGGCAGCUGCUCGGAAGAAAUACAAUCUGCUGCAGGACAGCAGUACCAGUGAUAGUGACCUGACCUGUGACUCAAGCACGAGUUCAUCAGAAGAUGAUGAAGAGGUUUCAGGGAGCAGCAAGACAAUCACGGCAGAGAUACCAGCUGGCUACAGUCGUGCUGGGGGAUCUGGAGGAGCGACCAGGGAAAUUCCAGGAUUGCUUGACAGGGGCACCGUGUGGGAUAGGAACUGCAUAGGCAAUGUCCUGGAAGAGGCCAUGAACUGCUUUGCCGAGAUGCAGAGGCAGACAGAGGAGAAAUUUCGCAUGUGGAUAGAAAAGCUAACUCGUCUUGACACAGAUGAAGAAAGCAAGCAACAACUGGAGCCCAGGGAACCUAAAAUGCAACUAGUUGGCCAAAGAAUUCCCCCUACCACGCAGUCAGGGGCAUACACGCAGAUGCCUGAUAGCCAAGUACUUCCUCAGCAGUCCUUUAAUUCUUAUGUGAGCUAUCAAAAUGUUGACACUACGUUAGAGUUUCCAGCGACUUUUAAUAACAAUUUUCCAGCUGUGUUUCCAGAGAAUGGGAAUAUUGCAGAGCAUGAUUUAAAUCAAUCAAAAACUUAGUCUUUAAAAUCUUGACAUUACCUUGGAUUGUGUUAAGAACAAAAUUUGCUUUUCUCCAUGCAAGUAUUUUUUUUCCGUGAUGGGUUUUUAACAUUAUGCUGUAAAUGUUUUAUUUAAAGAAAACUUGUGUGGUUUUUUUAAAAAACAAAGCAAGCAAAACACACACAUGCAAAACUCAAAACAAAAACCUCCUGUCACCACCGUUUGGCAAGAUGUAAAUUAGAAUCCUUGUUACAUACCCUUGGAAUGGUAGAGCUAUGUUUGUUAUAGUAGAAGCAAUCAGUGUAUUCAUCUAUAUGUUCCUCUUGCAUGCCAAAAUGUUUAUAUAGGGAAAUAUAAGUUUAAAGACUUAAGGAAUCUUAGUGAACUUGACUACAUAAUAAUAAUUAAUACAUACUUAAAUGUCUGUUCAUACCUAAAUUCUGCAGCUUAAACUUGUCUAUAUAUUGACCCUCCUCCUUUUUUUGGCAGAAGUCGUAAAUAAGCCUACCCUAAAGAUUAGCUGUACAUACUGAAUGUGCUCAGUAGUUGAUAUUCAUGUCCCAUUUCGUAGUUAAUUUUCUCACAAGAGCUUCUAUUAAUGACAUUGCCAUAUUACAUGCAACAUUCAUAUUUAGGGGAAGCACCAAUUUUGUAUGUAUGCUUGCAUAUAUAUAAUUAUGUAUACACACACACUUUUGUGUGUGCGCGUGACAUAUGCACACAAAUAAAACAUUGAUGCUUUCUUGUGUGUGUGUGUAUAUAUAUAUGGUCAGGCUAUGUCUUUCAUGCUGAAAUAAAAAGAGCAGUGUCAGUUCUGAGAUAAGCAAACUUUGUAGGUAGAUUUGAGUCUUGGGCCAAGAACUUAAAACCGAAUGUCUGACAUUCAGAUUGGUAAACACUGUGGUGGACUUAAUGCACUGUUUGCUUGUGGGUCUUAAAGCAAGAGCAUUUUCUGAGCCACCUCUCUGACUGCCAUUGAAAUGAUUACCUGUGAUUGGGAAUGCCAUAGCAUUAGUUUUGUUUAAAUAAUAUAAGAACUGUCUACUGUGUGGGUUUUGUUUUAGUUGUUAUACUGAUAAUUAGUUAUUCUGAGUAAUCAGGCUUGAAACUUUGAUGCUUAAAUUAGGAUUAAGCUAUAUAUUAUAGAAAUAACUAAUUCUCACCAUUGCCAGAAUACAUGUGGUUUUCUGUUGCCUUUACAGUUGGGCCUUCAUGAGAGAAUAAUUUCCCCUUAGUUACCAAAAGUAUACAUUUAUAUAGUUUGUUUAUCCCUUGUAUUGGUGAGAUGUUUCUAAUGCAAAUAAAGUCAAAACUGUAAUAAUGGGAAUUAAAAGUCUCUACCUAGAUGUCUUUUGAGUAAAGAAAAUGGAAGAGGUCUUUUGGGGCUCUUAGAAUUUCAGUUUUUAAACCACGGUGAUUUUAUGAAUUUUUAUUUAGAUCAUUUCAGUAAAGCUUUUUCUUCCAAUUAGAAGUACCAUUGUGUAUCCUACAGGCCUGAUACAAAGCCUGAUGAAGUCACUGGGAAUCUAUCAAUUUACGUAGCCUUCUGAUCAGGCCCUCCAUUAAUAAUUAAUAUUUUUUACUUGUUUUAAAAAUAAAAGUAACCAUGGUAUGUUUAAUAUUUUUCCUAUCCCAGCCAAUUUAACAAACUUGUCCUCAUCUAUUUAAAAGUUAAGAUCUUUCAGGGAAAACUGAUCGCUGAUUUUAAAAAAAUCUUUUUAGUAUUCAUAGAUUUUAAUAUAUAAUAUAUACAUUUAGAAUUCUAAUAUGAGCAGCAUAUUUAAAGCAUGACAACUCUACAGUUUUCCCCAUGCAUGCAAAAGCUGCUUCCAGCAGUGACUGGUUACUUUUAUAUAUAACAGGGUCACUUAUUCAGUAUGUUAAGCAUGCUCUGAAACAUUACUAUUUUUAAAAAAAUGGAGCAAUUAGGCAUCUGAAAACAAAUUGCCUUAAGAAUUGAGCAGAAUUUGUUCAUCUGUUAUACAGACUUUUAUAUACUGAUUAGAAAUCUCUUGUAACUGGAUAAUAACUUUGCAAUGGUUGUAGUCAAUUAAAUUUCUCUCUAACUUCUGUGCCUUGUGUAGGUCAUAGGAACCUUGAAAAAAAAUCUUCGCAUUGAAGCUGGAUGGGAUUUUUUUUAUUGAAACUGACCUUUGAAAUUUAAGUGUUAAUAAACAGCACUCCUAGCUUUGCAACAACAAAAAUAUACUUUCUGCUUCAUAAAACCUUUUCACCACCAAUACAUUACUUGAUUUUUAUCUUGUAAAUUACUGUGAAUGUUAACAAAUCAGAAAAUAGUGGUGAACAUACAUGUUUUGAUGCAUAUGGGGAUGAUGUUUUUUAAGAUGGUGCCCUUUUUAGGAUAGAUUAGUUCAAAGGCAGCCAGUUGAUUGUUAGGAAAAUGUUUCAGAUUAGAGACGUAGAAUUUAACAGUAUUUCCAUAUAUGAACUACACAAUAUUGAAAAUAUAUGAAUGUGUAAAUGGUUUUAGUUUGGUCAGUUGCUCCAUCUGCCUCCAGAACAUAUGGAGUCAGAUCUUCUACUGGCACAAGUCAGUAUCACUUCUUUGAAGUCAAAUCCAAUGUCACUUUAUACAAGCUGAGGAUCUGGCCCAUUAGCUUGUGUUCUGGUUUCAAGAAUUGAAUUCCUCCUGGGGGGGAAAUCUCCACUUGCAUUGGUUUGGUAUAAAUAUGAUAUUUGAGACAACGAAUGGUCUGUUUUUAUGCUCCUGGAAAAUAUGCAAUAUUUUGGUUGUACACUUAAACAAAAGUAUCUAUCUUGCUGCUUUAUAUUAUGUAUUUGAAUUGUUUAUGCCAGCCCUUGACAUCUUUUUAACUGAAUGGAGUUCUGGACUUCGGUUGCAUUUCUGAAAAACUGAAAGUGUUUGUAUUUUAUGGUGGUAUAUUCAUACAGCUACAGUUAAGGUUGUCACGGUUUCUGCUAUAAGCUCCUAUUUUCAAAGAUUUUGGCUUGAAAUUAAUAUUUCCAGGGAAUUAAGAUUUGCUCUGAGCUGAAAUUUUAGUAUAUAAGGUCUGGCCCCCACCUUGAUGUCCUGCUAGUAAAAUAGUCUGGCCUUUUUUAUUUUAAGAGUACGAGCCUUGUCUUUAAAAAUGAAAUUUAAUUAACUGUUGUGUUUAAUGAAUACAUUUGUGGGAGAGUCCAAUGGGAAUUCUACACACUCUAUAUACUCGUUCAUUAGCCCAUUCAUUUAUAAGCCUACCCCACCAAGAUGGAUUGGUAAAAAUAGCAAAAACUGUAUGACCCUUUCAUAAACUGACCCUAUAUUUCAGGGGUUGGCAAACUUUGGCUCCCGGCCUGUCAGGGCAAGCCGCUGGCAGGUCGGGAUGUUUUGUUUACCUGGAGUGUCUGCCGGCAUGGAGCCCCUCAGCUCCCUGUGGCCGCAGUUCACAGGAUGCUGAGGGGCUCCAUGUCUGCAGCUGCUCCAGGUAAACAAAAUGACAGUGUAUUAGAUAUUCAAUUCAAUGAUUCCAUAGAGUUUAAAAUCAUCAUAUUUUGGUGUAGACCCAUUUAUGAGUCGAUCCCCGCUCUUUGAUGUGUCAUUUUUUUUUACCAAAAAUAUUCGGCUUAUGAACGAGUAUAUACGGUAUGUUGGGGGAACAGCAUAUUGGAGUCUAGAUUACCUUUGAUUGGCCUGUGGUUUUUGCUUCAGAAUGGAGUAAAGAAACACUCUAGUUUCUUAAGAAAAUAUUACUUGCAGUCUUUCAGACUCCUGUGAAAGAAUAAAUAUGUUAGGACAGAUUGUCAACUUGUGUAAACUGGUAUAGCUCCACUGAAGUCCGUGCCUAUUCAAAACCACAUGAAGAAUUGGCCAUUAAAUUUUAUAUGCUCGUUUAUGCAGAAUCUUUAAUUUAAAAGACACCUAAAAUACUGCAGACUUUUAUGCAUGUGAAUAAUGAAAGUACACGCCUAACUGGAAAUUCAGGAACUAGGAAUUGGUGCAUCUGUGCACUUGAAAUACAUUUACUUCAUUUAUGGUUUUUGUAACAAAGUGCAAAUGAAACUUAAGUCUUUGUACACUCUCUUAAUUUAAGUGCCACUGAGAACGUGUGUCAAGCUGAUAAAUCAGGAAAUUCAAAAUUCAGAUACCGGAAUUGGUCUUUGUGUAGAACUCCUUUGAAAUCUGUGGGGAUUUGGAGUUCAGUUGAUUGCAGGCUCAAGUUUUCCUGUAGGUCCUUAUGGAGGCUUGGAGCCACUUCUCUCCCCCAGAAAUGGGGUAAGUUAAGAAGGAUGUGUUGGUUGUAAUUAUGCAUUUCCUGUCUCUUACUUGUUUGUUACACAAGUUUUUUAUUUAAAUAAAGAGUUUCUGUUUUACUUAGCAUACAAAUGAUAGUUUGACACUGGUUUAGUGUUUUAUAAAUUAUACAUUAUUGUUCACAUUAGAGCCCUAUUUUAAAAGGUUUAUAACUUUAAAAUAUUUUAGAUUUUUUAAAAAUAGUACACAGCAAAACGAAGUGUAGUAAACUCUAACAUAACCCUGAAGUCCAGAGUUAUAAAACAUAAUAGUUGUCUCUAGGACUGAAGGAAAAGUAUUUUUAAAGCAAGUUAGCCUAAUGUUCAAUCUCCAUAAUUUAGCUCUAAACAUUUUACUCUGGGCUGAAAUUUGUCAUAUGUCAGCUUCACCUGAGGGCAAUUUUUUAAACAUCUGGUUAAAAAGUUAAUUUUAAUACACUUGAUAACUUUAGUGCUAUUAGUUCCUAUUCUUAUCUCUCCAAAAUAUCAUUUGAUUUCAGAAGUCACAUUUGACAAAGGAUUAAUUUGGCUGAGACACUAAAAUCUGACAUGUGGCCUUGGUUGCUGCAAAUUUACAAAAACUAAAUUUAAACACAAAACUAAUUAAAUUGCUAUGCAUUUUUAACAUGCAUCCUUUAGCCCCAGUCCUGCAGGUCUGAUCUGUGUGAACAGACUCUUACCCCCAUGUAGAGUCCCAGGAGGCAUCUUGAUAUACUGAUCAUAGGCACAUUUAAGAAAUGGUUGAUGUGCCCAAUGAUACUACUGAGAUAUCUCUUGUGAUUUCAUGUGAUGCAUUGACUUCUGAUACUUUUGCGUGGCUCUGAUUGAAGUUAGUAGAAGUCCAUGCAUCCAUCCAAGGCCUGAAUCUGCCUCUUUGUUCAUAAAGUACCAGUAAACAUUCUUAAACAUACAUUUACAUGAGCUGAAUGCCUUCGGAAGAGUUCUUCUAGUAUUUUAACUAACAGGUAUUUUAUUAGAGAGAUGUCAUCAACUUGAAAACUAGUCAUUUAAAAAGAGACACUGAUAGUUUCAGAUAUUGCACCUGGCCAGAGUCCUUCUGUGAGUUUUGUGGUUUUUCUAUAACAUAUUUCUAUUUAUUUUAAUAAAAAAAUUCUCUCACGUGUUGCCUUGUGACUACACAAACGGAAAACUGACUGGCUAUUGGGACUAUACAAGUGAAAGCAUGAAACUGUGAAUCUGACAGCACUUUUUGUGUAGUCAAAGUAAAGAAAUCGAUGUCUGGUCUACACUAGAAAAUUAGGUUGAUCAGAUGCAUCGCUCAGGGAUGUGAAAAAUCCAUAUCCCUGAGAGUUAAGCCGACGUAAGUCUCUUUGUAGACUGCGCUAGGUUGAUGGAAGAAUUCUUACAUCAGCCUAGCUACCACCUCUUGUAGAAGUGGAUUAGUUACAGUAACAGGAGAACCCCUCCCAUUGGUGUAGGUAUUGUCUACACUGAAGUGCUAUGCUGUAGCAUUUCAAGUAUAGACAAGCCCUGAGAAAAUAGAGGAAAAAUAAUAUUUUGCCCAAUACCUUUUACUUAAACUGAUCCUCAAUGUGACUUGUAAUAAUGGUAGGUAAAAAAAUGAUUGUCAGAAAUAUCAUUUUUUGUCUAUUAUUAUUUAAUGUCUAUGAAAGGAAUAUUUUGGUUAUUUUUCAGAGCUGCUAAAGCUAAGGAUGGAUUAUCAAUCUGAAUCUAACAUUUUCUGGGAUUAUUUGUGGCAGUUGUUACAACCUUAAAUGUAUUUAAAUGAUUUUGUUGUUGAAGAUAUAUAUUGUCUUUUCCUGUAUCACGUACUGUAUGUCUUUACUGGCCAUUUUAACACAGAGUGUAAUCCUGGUUUCAUGGAAGUCAGUGGAAAAAAGUUGAUUUCCAUGGAACCAGUAUUCAAACCUUAUUUUUAAUUAUGAUGGAGCUAAUCCUGUAGUUCUUACUCAAGGAUAACUCCCAUUGUCCUUAAUGGGGCAUUUGCAUGAAUAAGGUCUGCAGGUCAGGCCCGGUAAGUGGAUGCUUGAUUAGAUUCAGCAUAACACAGGGCUGCAACAUGACACUACAGUUACAAGAAAUCAUUAAAAUGAGAGUGCUGUGUGAUAUGUACUGUAUAAGAUAAAUAUUCAGGCUGAUUGAUAACGGUGGACAGUACCUAGCAAAAAGUGAAGUCACAAACCCAGUUCAGUGUGUGUGGGUGUUUGGUUUUUUGUUUUUUUUUUACAAAUUUUAUUAAUCCCAUGUAGUAUUAGCUUGGGAAAAUGAGGGCACAUGGAAAAUAGUUUAGUUGGCUGAAAGGGACUCAAAAGGUCAGGUGGAAGUUUACAGACUGGCCAACUAGAGUGCCGGACAUUCAGUUUUUGUAAUGUUUAGCUCACAAUUCAAUAAUAGUAGAAACAGAACAUACCAUCAGAAGAUAAACAUGCACUGUAAAACAAUAUGCACCACUUCCUAGAAUCUUCAGGACAUAGCCAUGUUCCAUGUGCCUUUAUUCAGAGCACAACUAAGUGACUUUAUCGCUUGUGUAUUAUCCAAAAAACAAAGCUAUUUUCCAUCUAGCCAUCAAAUAGCCUGAAAGUAUGAAUGUUGAUCUACAAAGCUUUAACAUCUGUGCAUAGUAUCUUAAAAUGAGCUUGAAUCUAAUCUCAGAACAGAUACUCAUCUUCUUUUCUUCUGAUUUUAUUGCCAUGGUGUAAAUUAAAUUAAGUAUCUUGUUGAAUGAAGGAAAAAUAUGAAAAACACUAAUCUCAAUAGUAAUUUUUGUUCACUUUAUGAUUUUAGGGAGAAUGUAGUUUCACUAUUGUUUUUAUUGUAUACACAGUGUGUAUCUUUUGCCUAACACUGUAAAUUUUGAAAUGUAACUACUGUAACCUAGAAUGAAUGAAUAUAAAUAGUAAUAAAAUGUUUCUUGUUACUAAA